AUGGCGGCUCCCGGCCAGCCAAGCCCCCAGCAGAUUGCUGCCAUGCAGCAGCAGUUCGCUGCCGAAGCAGCCAGACGAGGAAUGACCCCCGAAGAAUUUGCAAAGCAGCAGCGCGAACAACUGAACGCAGAGGCCGCCAAACAUGGCAUGACAACUGAGCAAUACGUCACGCAGCUGAGGAUGCGGGCCUUUGCCGCGCACCAGAGACAGAUGGAGGCUCAACGGCAGGCCCAACAACAAGGGCAACAACCACAGCAGGGUGAGCAGCCGCAGCAGCCACAGGGAGAGGGACAGCAGCAGGGACAAUCACAGGGACAACCACAGCCUGCUCCUCCCCCACAGCAGCAGAUGCAGCAAGUCCCUGUGAACCCGUCGAAUCCUCCGGACCCUCGCGCGAUCGCGGUCGCCCAGUUCCUACGGUCCCAGAACCUCAAGUCCCGGACGUGUAUCCUGGACGGACAAAGAAAAGAUAUGUUCAAGGUGAAACGCGCCAUCCGCGCCCUCGAAUCCCCCGCGUACGCCAAAGCCGCCGGAAAGAAGAACUCACUGCUCCCGCCGGUGACGGACCGCGCAUCGGCCGAGAACGUGUUCAAGCUCCUCCCGCUGUCGCUGCUCGCGCUGCGCGUUUCCAAGAUCGACCCGCACGCCGGCCACGACCACGCCAAGCCCAAGAGCCGCGUCAAGGGCCUCUGGACGGUCAAGAUCGAGCAGCACCAGGAGACCGAGCCGCUAAUGCACUACGUGUGGCUAUACGAGGGCCCGCAGUGGAAGCAGAAGGCCAUGGCCGCCGCCGUCGUCGCGGGCAUCUUCGCCGUCGUGCUCUUCCCGCUGUGGCCCAUGAUGCUGCGCCAGGGGGUCUGGUACCUCAGCGUCGGCAUGAUGGGCCUGCUGGGUCUGUUCUUCGCCAUGUCCAUCUUCCGUCUGAUCCUGUUCUGCAUCACCGUCUUCGCCGUCCCGCCUGGUCUCUGGCUGUUCCCCAAUCUGUUCGAAGAUGUCGGUUUCGUCGACAGCUUCAAGCCCCUGUGGGGUUGGCAGGAGAGCAAGAAGAAGAAGAAAAAGUCCACCAAAUCCGCCACAGGCACCAGCGAAGCACAAGCACAACCCGCUGCAGACUCCACUCCCUCGGCCACCACAACCGCCACCGCAGCCGCUGACACCUCCGCCUCCAGCGCUGUCAAGCGCGAUCUCGCGCCCAAGGUCGAGGAGGCCUCUGAGGAGUAA